AUGGCGGCGAGCGCGCUGCUGACGGGGGCGCCGUGGCUGCGCAUGCGCCUCCUCCCGGACGCGCCCGCGCGCCCCUUCCGCCACCUCCACCUCCGCCGGGCCCUCUCCGUCCGCGCCUCCGCCGGCGCCGACGGCAGCUCCGGCCCCGUCCGCGUCCGCUUCGCGCCGUCGCCCACCGGCAACCUCCACGUCGGCGGCGCCCGCACCGCGCUCUUCAACUACCUCUUCGCGCGCUCCAAGGGGGGACGCUUCGUGCUCCGCGUCGAGGACACCGACCUCGAGCGCUCCACCAGGAAGUCCGAGGAGGCCGUCCUCGCCGACCUCGCCUGGCUCGGCCUCGAAUGGGACGAAGGUCCCGAUGUUGGUGGGGAGUUUGGGCCUUAUCGCCAGUCAGAGCGGAAUUCACUAUACAAGCAGUAUGCUGAGAAGCUUUUGGACUCUGGUGCGGUUUAUCGCUGCUUUUGCUCCAGUGAGGAACUUGAGCAAAUGAAGGAAGUCGCAAAGCAAAGACAACUUCCUCCUGUGUAUAUGGGGAAGUGGGCAAGUGCUUCAGAUGCAGAAGUACAGCAGGAGUUAGAGAAAGGGACGCCUUACACUUACCGCUUCCGUGUGCCAAAGGAAGGAUCAUUGAAAAUUAAUGACUUAAUUCGUGGCGAGGUCAGUUGGAACUUAGACACGCUUGGUGAUUUCGUGAUUAUGAGAAGCAAUGGACAGCCUGUGUAUAACUUCUGUGUGACAGUUGACGAUGCUACCAUGCAGAUAUCUCAUGUUAUCAGAGCUGAAGAGCAUUUACCAAACACAUUGCGGCAAGCUCUAAUUUACAAAGCUCUUGGAUUCUCAAUGCCUUCAUUUGCUCAUGUUUCACUUAUUCUGGCUCCUGACAGAAGUAAACUGUCUAAACGGCAUGGAGCUACUUCUGUCGGGCAGUAUAAAGAGAUGGGCUAUCUACCUCAGGCAAUGGUGAAUUAUUUAGCACUACUGGGCUGGGGUGAUGGUACUGAAAAUGAGUUUUUCACUAUUGAUGACCUAGUCCAGAAAUUCACUAUAAAUCGUGUCAAUAAAAGUGGAGCAGUCUUUGAUGCAACAAAAUUGAAAUGGAUGAAUGGACAACAUUUAAGAUCAUUUCCUCAUGAUGAACUCAUCAAGGCUUUUGAAGAUCGGUGGAAGAACACAGGCAUUCUCCAGGAAUCUGAAAGUGGUUUUGCUCAGGAAGCUGCCGAGCUUUUAAAGGACGGUAUUGAUUUGAUAACAGAUGCUGAUGCAGCUCUUACAAAUUUGUUGUCAUAUCCCCUUCAUACUACUUUAAGCAGUGAGGAAGCUAAACCUGUGGUGCAAGACAAGAUUUCUGAGGUUGCUUUGAGUCUUAUUUCUGCGUAUGAUAGUGGUGAGCUCACUCAAGCACUAGCUGAGGGCCGUGAUGGUUGGCAGAAGUGGGUUAAAGGUUUUGGCAAGUCUAUCAAAAGAAAGGGCAAAGGGCUCUUCAUGCCGCUCCGAGUACUGUUGACCGGGAAGCUUCAUGGGCCUGACAUGGGUGGCAGCUUAGCCCUAAUACACAAAGCCGGCAUCUGUGGUGCGGUGACUCCACAGUCCAACUUCGUGACUCUAGAUGAGCGGUUCAGGAUCCUCAAGGAGGUCGACUGGGAGUCCUUGGGGAAGGAGCAAGAAACCCCUGCUGAAUCUGCUGUUCCCGCCGCUUCAUAG